AUGGCGUCGGUCACGUCGCUGGACAAGGACCUGCGCAAGUUGCGCCUUGAUAAAUACACUCCCGAGGCCGCCAACGAGGCCCGUUCAUGGAUAGAGGAGGCCCUUGGCGAGAAGCUGCCAUCCCAAGACUUGUUAGAGGGCUUGAAGGAUGGCGUUGCCCUCUGCAAGCUCGUCAACCUUGCAACUCCCCCGCCUGGUAUCAAGUUCAAGAAGUCUCCCAUGCCCUUCGUCCAGAUGGAAAACAUAUCCCACUUCCUGCGCGCCUGCCAGUCCCCGCCGCUCAACCUGCAGCAGCACGACACCUUUCUCACCGUCGACCUCUACGAGCAAAAGGACCCUGCGCAGGUGCUUCAGUGUCUCGGCGCCUUCAGCAGAGCCGCGCACGACGCCGACCCGGGCCGUUUUCCGGACCCGAUAGGUCCCAGAGCCAGGGCAGCCGGCGUCAUCAGCCCCCAGAUCUCCGGAUAUGCGUCACCGACGGGACUCCGCGGCCGCGGCACCUCCAUCACCAGCAACUCGUCCUCGGCGUACAGCUCCAAGCCAGUGCUCCCCCGUCGGACCGCAGGCGGCGACACGACUCCCACGGGCAGGCGCAGCCCGACCAAGAGCCCGACCAUGACAAACCCCCGGUCUCCCGGCCCUGUUAGCAGCUGGAGUAAGCGGGAACACGAGGGCUCCACGGCGCCAGCGUGGAAUAUCGCUCAGUACGGGUACAUGGGCGGUGCUAGUCAGGGCAAUCUGGGCAUUUCGUUUGGCGGCAUGCGUCAGAUCACGAGUGCCGGCCCUCACGUGCCCAGCCUGGCCGACAAGGAGCGCAAGCGAAGGGAGGAGACCGAGAGACAGGAAGAGGAGGAGCGCCAGAGACGGGCGCAGCAGGAAGCCGAAGAGGAGGAGGCCCGACGAGAAGAGGAACGCAGGUGGGAGGCAGAGACGCAGAGGCUCCGCGAACAGGAGCGCCGCAAGGCUGCAGAGGAGAAGCGCAGAUGGGAGGAACAGGAGCGGCAGUGGAGGCUGACAGAGGAGAAGCGCCGCAAGGAGGAGCAAGAGGCCGAAGCGAAACUGGAGGAAGAGCGAAAACGAGCCCGAGGCCGCGGCGACACCAGACUGCAGGGUCAGUUCCUGAGCCAGUACCAGGCCGAGCAGGCCGAGGCAGAUCGCCGCAACAACCGCAGCCAGAAACUCGAGGAGGAGCUGGAACAGGCGCGCCAACGCGAAGCAGAGUACGAACGGGAGCGCCAAACACGAAGCACCAGCAGGCCUGCCGGCGAAAUCGUCCCCAACAAGGCCAGCUCCAGGAGCCGGCACCGCGGCACCUCGCCCGCACCGUCCACGCCGUCUGCCGUGGGACCUCAGCGCUCACAAAACCGCUACGAAUCAUGGACAAAGGACGACGAGCGAGACUACCUGCAAAGCCAAUGGUCCGAACACCAGAAGGGCUCUCGAGAAUCAUCCCUCGAGCCGCGGCGCCAAGAAUCCGUCGACGUCGAAGUCCCCCCUCCCCUCACCACAACCCCCCGACCUCUCCCCGAGCCCAACGUCACUCCCAAACCCAAACCCAAACCGCAGUCUACUCAGUCCCCCAACCCCAUCAGCAGCAGCAGCCGGCCGCUCCCCGACCCCAAGAAAUACGCCGCGCCCGCCUCUGCAUCGUCUCAAAACCGAACGGACCGCUUCCUCGCGACCAAUACCCCUCCCCCGCAGACGAAACCACACCAGACGUAUUCCCGUGAACUAGGCGCCACCGAGGAACGAGACGGCGAGGACCGGCGCCGCGUACAGAGCCAGGCGCAGACCAAGGCAGCUGGAUGGGCGUCCAAGUCCCUCCUCGAGCGGGAGAUGGAGAUGGAGCGCCAGCGCCAGCAGGAGUGGGAGGAGGCGCAGAAGGAGACGGCCAAGGCUGUCCGUUCAGGAGGCGGCGUAGACGGCAUCGGGGGCGGCAUCGGUGGCAGAUGGGAUGUAGGACAAUGGAGUGGCUACACGGGGGGUGAUUCCCAGAACAGGGGUGCCCAGGGCAUUGGUUCGGGGAGGAGGCAGAUUGUUGGGCCGCGGCCAUUGCCUGGCUCUGGGAGGUGA